AUGUCGUCCGAGCAGCGACUGAGCCAGCGGAGCAAAUGGCGCUGCGGCGUCACCGGUGCCCUGCUUUUGGGCCUGCCGCUAUCGCUGCUGGGUCUAGCGAGCACACUGCAGGGACGCCGUAGCACUUGGACUGCUUCAGGCCUCUGCACCACGGCCGCGUGUCGCACGACCGCCCUCGCCCUCAACGUUUCCUUGAGCCACAGCGUGGCCCCCUGCCAGGACUUGAAUCGCUUCGUCUGUGAGGGCUGGCCGCAUCUGGAGCACGCGGGGUCCCGUGUCCAGCUUAUCAUGAACUACGCGUGGACGACAUACAACGUGCCGAGACGCGCUCAGUCGGGCAUCGACAAGGUGGUGGCAGUGUACCAGAGCUGUGUGGCGUCCCUCUCCCCCGGAGGUGGCGACAUGACAACGUUGCGCUCGUUCCUUGUUCAUCUGGGAUUGGGGCCCUCCGGAGCCGCCCCCGGUGCCGCCCUGCGCGCUCUCCUCACGCUGUCGCUGGCGCACUCGGUCAACCUGCUGCUAGACGUGUCCGUCAACGGGACGGGCUUCAGCGUGGUGCCCGUCGCGCCUCCUGAGGGUCCUGUGAACCAGACGUCGUAUGUCGCGUACGUGAAGCGAAUCGCUGAGUUGGCCCUGCUCGAUGAACCCGAGGCAGUAUUGCACGAUGUGCUUGCCUUGCGGAAAGAGUUGGACACGAGCCCGUCACCAUCGAACGAGCCCUGGCACACUGUGGCACUUGCAUCUCUUGCCCACGAGACCGGCUCGCUAGUUGACUGGCUCCACCGCUUGCCCCACGCCAGUCCCGAUAGCCUGGUUUUCAUUAGGGGCCUCUCGAGGGUGCGUGCCCACGCCGCCUUUCUACGCCGGCACCGUGGCGACCACGCUCUGCGCCGCUAUGUGGCCUGGCACACGGCCCAAGUGCUAGGCUCAUUAACUCACUACGAAAUUUUUCGGAUGACUCUCGAGAACGCUAUCGGUCAGCUGGAGCCAACGCCCGGCCUCAUCAAGGCUACCUGCCUCGCGCACGCAGCCAACCUUAUGCCGCAUGCCUACAACGCUUUCGUAGUACGCCACUUUGCCACGCCUCGCUCCCGGAAAGCCUUAGAAGUAAUGGGUGAAAGUUUACGAGCAGCGGCGACCACCGGGAUCCGCUCGAGCGAUUGGAUGACUGACAAGCCGAAGGCCAUGACCACGCUCAAGUUAAAAAAACUAUCUUGGUUGCUGCCACGCAAGCGCAGUGAGACACAGGUUAACCGCGCCUACACCCACCUUCCCGACUUAGGUGUCUCCAACUUCCUGAAUGCCUACCUGUCAGUGACCCAGCACAAUGGCAAAGUUGACACGCAAGAGGCCAACCAGGCUGCUGUGGAUGUCGUCUACAGCCCGCUGGACAACACCGUGGCUGUGUCGGCCGGCAUGCUUAACACACCAUUUUUCGAAGACACCUUGCCAGCUGCUUUCAAUUACGCGGGGCUGGGCCAUCGAAUGGCGCUAGAGCUUCUGCAUGCAGUCGAUGAGCAUGGCCGGUGGUACGACCAACGCGGACAUCGCCGCGACUGGUGGGACAGCUUCACCGAGCAAGCUUACCAGCAACACGUAAAGUGUUUUGCAGACGGGGAACGAGCCCUACUGGAAAGCAGUGCGCUCCGUCUAGCCUAUCAGGCCUUCCGCAGGAUGCACGAGAACGUUGUGCUCAAGGGUCUCGAACACUUCACCCCAGACCAGAUGUUCUUCAUCAGCAGUUGCCACAAGUGGUGUGGCCAGAGUGCCAGCCCAUGCAACGUGGCUGUGCUGAACCUUCAGGAGUUCUCCCACGCCUUCAACUGCCAGUCAGAGGAUGCCAUGAACCCUAGCACCCGGUGUGCUUUGCUCACAUAG